AUGGCUACUUUGGGGCAGGAGGACCCAGAGCCCACACAGAUUAAAGAGGAACAGGAGGAACUCAGGACCAGUCAGGAGGAAGAGCAGGUUCAAGGGCUGGAGCCUGACAUCAUAGAGUUCAAAUUCACUCCUUCCUGUGUGAAAAGUGAAUGUGAUCAGGAGGACCCACUUUGGUCCUUGACUCUUCCCCAAACCCAGACUGUGGAGAACAGAGAGAGUGACUCUAAACCAGUGGAUUUCAAACCUUUUGGCACUGUGACCCACCUAAAGGGUCUUGACAUUCCCUGUGACCCUCCAGGUAAUCAAAACAAUGCCUCCAGCCACAGCUCAGCCAUAAGCAGCGACCCAGUAGGACUUGACAGCAGCCCAACUUUGGAUCAGAACCCACUAUUGGGGAAUCACUGUUCCAAACCCAGCACCACAUCUAUAAAAACUCACCACUGCCGUGACUGUGGUGAAACGUUUUCUCUGAAAGCUGACCUGCAGAGGCAUGUGACUCUCACCAAGAAGAGACUCAGCGAAUGCCACUUAUGCAAAAAACAGUACAACUCCACCUGUAAACUGGAAGCCCAUGUCAGACUCUGUCACGGUCGGAAACCCUGCACCUGCCCCUUUUGUGGCAAGACCUUCAAACAAAAAGGACAUCUGUCCAGGCACAUGAAUAUUCACACAGGAGAGAAACCAUUUAGCUGUGGUGACUGUGGGAAGAGCUUUACUCGGAAGGGGGACCUAAGGAGACAUAUACUGACUCACACAGGAGAGAAACCAUUUAGCUGUGGUGACUGCGGCAAAGCCUUCAUUCGCAAGGAGCACCUAACUGCACAUAUACGGACUCACACAGGAGAGUAAUCAUUUAGCUGUGGUGACUGCAGGAAAAGCUAGUCUCAAGCAGAACCUAUCCAAGCAUAAACUGACUCACACAGGAGAGUAAUCAUAUGGCUGCUUAGUCUGUGGUAAAAUAUUCAUUCAGAAGGGAAACCUGCUGACGCACGUGAGAAACAUCCACAAAGGAAGAAAACAGGAUGAAAACACAAAGAAGAAAGACAAUUAGGACAAAGAGAUUUCCUGUCAGCAGAUGGGAAUAACAAGGCAGGAUGUGGACAACACUCUUAGGAAAGGAGAGCAACUCUGGAUCAUUCAUGCUCUGGGUUUCAGAAAAAUAAAUACAUUAUGGAUUUACUUUAGUAAAAUGUUCUGUGUAAAUAAAGUUUGAUUUUAAUUAAAAGUUUAGGAAAUGAACAAA